AUGACUGGAGUAGGAAGAACUACCAGAUCCAAGAAGUUGUCUCCGAAGUUUCUUGGUCUAUUUCAAGUUAUCAAGAGAAUUGGACUGGUAGCAUACGAGAUUGUGUUACCUCCUCUACUGGAAAACUUGCACAAUGUAUUUCAUGUUUCUCAAUUGAGGAAAUACGUGUCGAGUCCCGAUCAUGUGCUUGAAGUGGAUGACGUACAAGUCAGAGAAGAUCUAUUGUUGGACGCAAGACCGAUGCAGAUUCUAAAUGUUCAGUCCAAGCAACUAAGAAGAAAUGAUAUUCACACUAUCAAGGCAUUGUGGAAUGAGAAGACCCAGGAGAUGACUUGGGAAUUUGAGGAAAAAAUGAAGAACUCUUGUCCUCAUCUGUUUGGUUAG